AUUACAAUUACCUCAUAUUACUCAAAAAAUUUAUGAAACUAAAGAUGCUAAAAAUAGAAAUUUAUCUGAAAUAUUUGAAUUAGAUAAUAAUGAAGAGAAUAAUAAUUUAGAUAAUGAUUUAAAUAAUGACUUAAAUAGUAAUUUAGAUGAUAAUUCUGAUAAUAAUUCUAAUUAUAAUUCUGAUGAUGAUUUUGAUGAUAAUUUAGAUAAUGAUUUAGAUUAUUAUAUUGAUGAAAAUUUAGAUGAUGAUUUGGAUGAUGAUUUAGAUGAUGAUUUAAAUAAGAAUUUGAAUGAUAAUUUAAAUAAUAAUUUAGAUAGUGAUAUAAAUAGUGAAGAAGAAGAAGAUAUUAAUAAUCAUUUAGAUAAUAAAUAUAAGAAUAAUAAUGAAAAUGAAUUGACUAAUAGUUUAGAUGAUAUUAAUAUAGAUAAUGACUAG